CUUCUUUUUGCUUCUUCUCUCCCUUUAGUGGUUCCCAAAACUUUGUUAUACCUUUAUUUUUUCAGGGCAUCGCCUUUUUUCUCACUGUAUUCUAUUUUUUCUUUAUUGUGAUUAUUGUUUUUAUUAUUCUUGUCCUGAUGUUCCACAAGACGGUUUCAAUUGAACUACUUGAACCGGUGGUAUAUUUGCGUGACGCCAAGGACCGAAGAAGUGUAAAUUUGUUGCACGGUCACAUCAAGUUAUACUUACGACACCCUCUCACUGUCCAAGCCAUCACUCUCCGAUUCGUUGGUUCUUCUAAAACCAUCUGGCCAGAAGACGAUGAACAAUACGACAAGCAUACGUUGGUGGACUCGGUGAUUCCCAUUUACUGCGCACCGACGGUACUGCAGAAAGGCAAGACGGUAUUCCCUUUUGAGAUCCUGCUCUCCAACACGCUGUCGGAAACGAUUGAGUGUGAACUCGGCCGCGUUCACUAUAAACUGCAAUGUCAGGUGCAUGUGAAACGGUGGUUCAACAAAAUUUUAAAGACGCAGCAUCCCGUCAUAUUAGUGAGGGCGCCUAAUGCUGAUGCACCUCGUUCGUUUAUGCAUACGACAUUCAUUCAGGGCUCGCCAUUCUUGACGACUAUUGAAACACUCCAUCUGACCCCUGGAUUGUCUCUAGCCCUGUCGUUUUCAUUCGCCCGUUCCGCUGUCAUCCACAGUAUUGUAGUGAAACUCAUCGAACGGCAAAAAUUCCGCGCGCCAUCCAAACAUACCACCCGUCUGCUACAUCAUGAAAUUACAUUAGCGCCAAACCAUAACCUUGCCGCCGAACCCUGUUCAGGCUCGGAAAACACAUUUCGAUACAGCUACAAAGUACCCAAUUUGGUCCAUCCGUCCGCCAUGCACCCACUCAUUCGUAUACGUCAUUGGGUCCAGGUCACACUUAUUUUAAAUCUGAAGGAUCCCCAUGGCCAAGCUUUUCAGGAAGAAUUAAUGAUUGAAACCCCCGUGUCGGUUCUAUUGCGUUCCAUCGACGAUUACAUCACUCUUCCCGAAUACAAACAAACAUCAACAUCCGUAUUACCCGUCUUGUCCAAACGAUCGCCACCCCCAUCUUAUGAAGGCCUUCUCUCCUCCAUCUGAACACCCUAAACUGGCUCGCUCUCAACCUGAUUAUAUUUGAUGAUAAAAUCUGAUCGUCCUCUGUAAGAUAUAAUAAUAAAAAAAGAAAAAAC